AUGAAACAGAAAAGUAAUUACUAGUAUCUGAUUCGUUUUAUUAGCUCCCCCUCUGUCGUCAAUACCUGUGGCUCAGGAUCAAUACCCAUGGCUCCGUGGCUGGUACGGGCAAUUUCUCUCUUUUAGGCACUGAGGGAAAUGGGAUAAAAAGCAGGCAGGUGUUGACUGUAAAGUCUUUCAGGCCUAUCUCCAUUAAGACUAAUAAUGUUCAAACAACAUUUUAUGUCUGACAUCUCAUGUAAGUGUACAUGGCAGACAUGCCAGUGUCAACCAUGCUUUGAAGCAUUAUUUUCAUAUCUCUUCAAACAUUAUAUUUUGGCAGGUAAGUAAUGGCACAGAUGUGUGAUUGUGGCCAGUAGGCACAGCAGUUGGCAGAGGUACUUUUUGAUGGAGCUUGUGUGCCUUGUCAUCUAGGUCUGUCUGUGAUCACAGGUAGCCCUUAGGUAAAUACUCUCUAACCAUCUACAAUUUCACAGUAGUCAGGCUCAUCACACCUAACAAGUGAGGCUUCUAAGUUUUCAGUUCACCUAAUUGAGUCAGUGGCUUUUGUAGUCACGUCCAGACUUACAGCAGGUGCAUGAUACCAGAUGGUGAGGUAAUAAAACAGUAGAAAUGAUAGCUGUCUUCUCUUGGCAUCUCUCCAUGGGCUAAGCUUUAUUCUCCCCAUCCAGUAGAAUCUUGUUUGACAGCCUCUACCUGGGUCUGUCACAGGCCAGAAGAGAUGAGGGCUUGUGGCAGUGUAUGGGUAAUGAGGAGGCUGGACAGGUGGACACCACACAUCCAGAGACGAACACUCUAAUUUACAGUAAUUUGUUCAAUAUGCUGUGGUUUCCUCGAACAUGUUCUUCCUAGAAAAUGUACAACAUCCAUUUAUUGAUUAGUAUUGGGAAAAUGGAAACUGGAGCAACCGUAGUUUAGGCUACCAACCCAAACCUAAUAGUGCAUUGAAUCCUAGACCGGAUGGUCGUCCUGUAUGUGAUUGGCUGCUGUGACUCACCCCUUCCCCCGUACAGCCGUGCAAUGGUUUUUUGUUUAUUUAUUGCCCCUAGAAAAGCCCAUCUCCAUGGUGAUGUCUUUACACAACAGAUACAUGUUCUCCACUUCAAGUGUGACAGGUGGACAGUCACUGAGACCCCUGCUGUGUGUGGAUCAGGGCUGGGCUGGGUGGACAGUACACAUGGAACUCUCAUGAUAAUAUGCUCCUGCAAACCUAGGGAUUGUAGUGCGUGGAUGCUGAAUAGGCAUCCUGGUUUGGUAGGUGAUUAUUAUUGCAGACUGAGUGUUUUAGGAGUACCACCAAGCCUUUUCAAAUGCUAAGUGUGCCAUUGACAUGGAGUGGGAUUUAUUCUGUGCCUCUGAAAAAACACUGAUGUGUGUCUCUUAGUGCUAUAAAAAACACAGUGUUCAUGACCGUCUUGAUGAAAUGAAAGCACGCUAUGUGCAUGAGGAAAUGGGCCAUGUUGACUUUGUCACAGAUUCAGCUGCGUCAAUAAUCUGAUAUAUAGAUAGAGGGACAGAAGGAUAGCCCGAGAUGUAUGGACUAGGCCUAUAAAUCAUGACGACAUAGGAAAGAUGUCAUGUUGAAAGGGAGAAAAGAUAAUUGGUCAGAGAGGACGGACAGAGAUUGAGUAUAAAGAGGUGGAGGGAGGGAGAGAGCUGAGAGAUUGCGAGAGUAAUCCCCUGGCCAUCUGUUGCUCUCUCUCCCUCCCUCUCUCUGUCUCUGUCUCUCUCUGCUCUCUGGCCUGCUUUCUCGCCCAUAGGCACCACCUGAUCAGCUCCAGUGAAGUGUGUAAAUACAGAACAAUAGAACCCUCUGAACCCUGCUCUUCUCUUCCUGUCUCCCUGGGCCCGCCUAACAACACUCCCUAACCACAACACUCCAGGCAUGCAUGGCCAGAGUCAGCAGUGUGUCCGUCCCAUCCGCCAUAUGUGGUCACGUGACUUGCCUCCUGUGACCCCAAUUGAAGGGUUACCAGUACUAAUCCUCCGAGCUGAGUAACAGUCGUAAGCCAGGCAGCCGUCCAGUGGAUUCACUGGUGGAAAUCCCUUAACUCAAUAUUCAAAUGCACCUUGUGCUGGGCUGCUGGCAGCUCCAAAACAUAUCUUAAAAUUUGAGUGGAUAUGAUCAAUGAUAUAGUUGGUAUGUAGGAUUGUUACUGGACCUUCUGUGUUUUUUCUGUCCCAUCAUUUCAUUACUCUGCUGCUGUGUGUUUUCAGUCUACUAAAACUAAUAUAUACCCCUAUCUUAAAUUAUAAAAACUUGGCUUGUUUCCUUUUACUGCUUUGGGUACAGUUAGUGUUCUUUUGUUGUUUCUAUAAUUUGGUAAAGAAACAAAGAUAUGGUCAGAUAUCAGGUGAGCAAACAGUAGAGCAGAUUAGAAAACAGUAGGUUGAUAGGGUAACUGAGCAACUGCCCCUGGCCAAACACUGAUGGCUUCCUCCGUCCACAAAGAUGGACGGCUGAGCAGAAGAGAGAUAAGAAUCAGUUUCCAUCAUAAUGGCCCCUCGCUUUAUGGCCCUCUGCUCUGUUUGCGUCCGCUUACAAUGACGUCAGCUUGAUUGGGACAUCAUGCCUGCCGUCGUGCCAGCUCACAGGUCAGAGUCACAGCCUGGUGGCCUAGAAGAGCCUCUAUGGAAACACUGAUGUCAUGCUCCUGACCCUUUGCUUUUCCACUGCUCCCUUUCCUCUUUCCACAGAGCAAGUGGGAGAAUUGCAAUUGGAUUUCCUUGGUUCCUCCAAGUGGGAACAUGGAAAUAAAUUAUUGCGUCAUCAGGCAAAUGACAUUUACAGAGGUAGAAUACCAAAAUAAAGUGAUAAAAAUAAAGUAUCAAGUUGUGCUAGACAUUUUUAUUUAUAAAAUGAUGAGUAGCGUAUCAAUUUUAAAUGUGUGCCUGAUAUUCUCAUCUGAGAAAACAACAGCAGUUUCAAAGGAAGUGUGGCGGAUUACAAAACUCUUCCACGGUAGGACACACCUGAACAUCCUCCCCUGGAGGAGGCAAUCGAGGAGAGGAGCAAACUCCUCCGUUCACCUAUUAACGAAUUGACGCUCUCCUACAUAUGGCACCACUUAUCGGUUUCCGGGUCACGGAGGAAGGUGGAGUCGGAGUUGACAGGCCUUUGCCCAAUUAAGAAUCUCUCAGUGUGAGGGAGAGGACGGGAGUGUGUGUGUGUAGAGAAUGGCAGGUGCAUUUUGACUUGGGGUUUAGAAAGCGUUCUCUCUUUUCUCUACCUCCUCCAUUUCCCUCCUUGGGGUCGUCUCUUAGCCUCUUAACCCACCAACAAUGUGGCAAACUAAGAUGGGCAAAUUAAUAGAGCCACACUCACUUGGGCUGCAUGUUAUUCUAGCUGUGUACAGAGAGAGAGGGGGAAGAGCUGUAUGUGCUGAUAUUAAAAUCAUGUAAUGUCAGCUCCUGUCACUCACUGCCACCCGAUCCUGCCCAUCUGCCAUCCCAGCCCAGUCGUUUAUUCGCCGGUACAUAAGGCUGAAGCAGCCAUCACAAUUAAUCCCCUCUAAACCGUCUUUCAAAUCCAUAACCCUUAUUGUAAAGAUACAGGGAAGGUCUAAAAUGGAGAAUAAGAGCACCUCCUCCCAACUGCCCACUGCACUGAGGCUAGGAAACACUGUCACCACCGAUAAAUCUAUAAUAAUCGAGAAUUUCAAGCAUUUUGCUACAGCUGGCCAUGCUUUGCACCUGGCUAACACUACCCCGGCCACCAGCUCUGCACCCUCCGCUGCAACUUGCCCAUGCCCCCCCCCCCCCCCCCCCCCCCCCCCCCCCCCUUACACAGCCUGGAGGUGUGUUGGGUGAUUGUCUUGUUGAAAAGCAGAUGAUAGUCCCACUAAGGCCAAACCAGAUGGGAUGGCGUGUCGCUGCAGAAUGCUGUGGUAGCUAUACUGGUUAAGUGUGCCUUGAAUUCUAAAUAAAUCAUUGACAGUGUCACCAGCAAAACACCAUCACACCUCCUCCUCCAUGCUUCACGGUGAGAACCACACAUGCAGAGAUCAUCCGUUCACCUACUCUGCGUCUCACAAAGACACAGUGGUUGGAACCAAAAAUUUCAAAUUUGGAAUCAUCAGACCAAAGGACAGAUUUCCACCGGUCUAAUGUCCAUUGCUUGUGUUUCUUGGCCCAAGCAAGUCUAUUCUUCUUAUUGGUGUCCUUUAGUAGUGGUUUCUUUGCAGCAAUUCGACCAUAAAGGCCUGAUUCACGCAGUCUCCUCUGAACAGUUGAUGUUGAGAUGUGUCUGUUACUUGAACUCUGUGAAGCAUUUAUUUGGGCUGCAAUCUGAGGUGCAGUUAACUCUAAUGAACUUAUCCUCUACAGCAGAGGUAACUCUGGGUCUUCCUUUCCUGUGGCGGUCCUCGUGAGAGCCAGUUCCAUCAUAGCGCUUGAUGGUUUUUGCGACUGCACUUUAAGAAACUUUCAAAGUUCUUAACUUUCCGCAUUGACUGACCUUCAUGUCUUAAAGUAAUGAUGGACUGACAUUUUUCUUUGCUUAUUUGAGCUGUUCUUGCCAUAAUAUGGACUUGGUCUUUUACCAAAUAGGGCUAUCUUCUGUAUACCCCCCUACACAACUGAUUGGCUCAAACGCAUUAAGAAGGAAAUAAAUUCCACAAAUUAACAUUUAACAAGGCACACCUGUUAAUUGAAACACAUUCCAGGUGAGUACCUCAUCAAGCUGGUUGAGAGAAUGCCAAGAGUGUGCAAAGCUGUCAAGGAGAAUCUCAAAUAUAAAUUAUUUUUACUACAUGAUUCCAUAUGUGUUAUUUCAUAGUUUUGAUGUCUUCACUAUUAUUCUACAAUGUAGAAAAUAGUACAAAUAAAGAAAAACCCUGGAAUGAGUAAGUGUGUCCAAACUUUUGACUGGUACUGUAUGUUUGCGUAGAUUAAUCCGCCAUUCAGCCAAUGACUACCUUUUCACCAUUGUGACUUGUGUUUCACACACCUUUACACUGGAAUGGUAGGUAUAGGUUAUUGUUGUUGUGUAUAGAUAUGCUCUAUAGCCCUAUUUGGACGGGUUAAGUUUUACUGGGGGAGCUCAGGUAAUGUAAUUAUGUGCACGAGCACAAAUCUCCACAUCUGUAAAUUUAGUCCCGUCCGAAUCUGCCAUGUCAAUUUUUACUUGGCAUGAAGGUUAUUAUCUCAGCCCUGAAAACCUAGUUUUUCAGCAAACUCCCAGGUCCUCUGAUAAUACUUAUCCCGUGCGAAUCAUCAUCCCUGUGUUUUGAGGGAUGUUAGAGUUUAACAGGUGCUGCACACAGUUUGAGUAAAGAACAUGGGAACAAAUUGAUGCUUAAAAUAAAAUGCAAUGCACGUCGCCUACAGAUGAAUGAUCUGUUUUGUCACAUCAUCUUUCCAAGUGCCUAUUUAUUUUUUAAAAGAUGAAGUGGACGAUAUUAUGCCAAUAAAUUGAUAAAUCGGCAAAUACAUCAGUUAAUUCAAUGUCGUCAUAGAUUACAGUUCAUGGUGCUUAUUGAUAUGCAUUAUUAUUUUUGACUUUCUGCGAACUGAAGGUCAUUAGGCCAAUAUUAGGCUAUGCCUAGACAUUUGAAAUAUCUUCACGCCUAGAAGAGCCUCCGGGCUUCUGUCAUAAUGGUCCAUUUUGAAUGAGAUUUUUUUUUUGCAUGUGCAAUUUGGUAAAACUAAUUCCGUCUGAAUUGUCUACUGGAAAAACGGACAUGCUGUGGUAAUAUUUAUAUAACCAACGUUCUAUAGUAAUACUUGUCCUGUGCGAAUAGGACUUAGGGCUCUCCAUAUUCCAGUCUGUCAGGGUUUUGUCCAGGCAAAGGUUGGGAUUAUGGAUCCAGUGCCAGAGAACAUAGCCUAUCUGGGUGGGCUAGGUCGGUACGGGAGUGGAUUGUGUAUUAAGGGAUUUGACUGUGAAAGAUUACAGCACUGAGUUCAGUAUGAAAGUGUGGCCUCACAGAGUAGUGGUCAAUUUAUUAGAAACAUAUGAAUAUUUACAUGAAAAACCUGAACCAUGUAACAUGUUAUUUUAACUCCUUUUUAUGUUGUUCAAUGGUGUAUUGAAACGUCAUUGUUUCUUUAGUUUUAACACAUUGAUGUUUUCAGCCAUGCCGUUCUCCAUCAGAAUAACCAAUCCGUUUUUAUGAAAGUAUCCCACAUCUUUAGGGUUUAGAUUUCUUGGAAAUCGGAUAAUGAUUAACACUGGUGGAAUCAUUUUUUUGUGAGUAUUUAGUGCUUAACUAAAAUGUGAGAGGCUGGUGUUUUCUCAAUCUGUAGGUCUACAUAUUAAUGAAUGUUUCAGGCCUCACCUACACAUGUCACGUGCUCUUUUUUUUCUGUGAUUGUGGUUGGUGACCACACAUGGCUGAUUGGUGUCUGUGUGACUGAUUCCUGGUCCCUGAUUCACCAGUGGGCAUGCACUGCUGUGUUACACUCAGCAUGAUAGAUCUGACUGCAGGGGAUGCCAUUGAGGAGACAAGUGACCCCAGGAUCACAGUCAUUGUACACAAUGUAGUCUACAGCAAUUUGAUUCUGAUAAAGUUGUGAGAUAUCCCUGAAGUAAAUCAUGAGCCGGGAUACUGACUUGCUGUCUGUUUCUUUUUUUUAAACCACAGAUCUUUGAUGUUUCUAAUGGUUGUUUUAUGUCUCUUUCUUUUUCAGUAAAGAAAGCCAAGCUCCAUGGAUCUCCGGGUAAGUCCUUACUCUUUAUUUUGGUGUUAUGUCUUUGUAUGUUGUCCCAAACUAGGACCUUGUGGGUGUGUCAUAAAUAUUUUUGCUAUUUUGACAGUGGGAAUUAUGGGCGCAACACCUGGCGUUAGCGUAAUAAACGCAACAAAUAAGUUAUAGGUGUGACGAGUGUUUGACCACUCACUGGCCAAUGAAAACCUGCUCCGAAGCUUUUUGAGGUUGUAAGAAACAGAGCGGUUUCUGUUUUCUACCUACAAAUGUGGCUCUUUUGAACGGUUUGAAUAGUUAUGCACGCUCAAGUUUUCUGUUUUUUUUGGUCUUAUUUCUUGUUUGUUUCACCCCCAAAAAAUAUUUUGCAUCUUCAAAGUAGUAGGCAUGUUGUGUAAAUCAAAUGAUACAACCCCCAGGUUGUAAGGCAACAAAAUAGGAAAAAUGCCAAACCACUGUAUGUGUCUUCUGUUUCCCUCUAAAAUGUCCACAAGCCGCGCAGGACUCAUUCGAACAGAGUGGACAAGACCAGGCACUAAAUUGUUUUUUUUCUACACAGAAUAUCAUACAAAUCAAAUCAAAUCAAAUUGUAUUUGCCACAUGCGCCGAAUACAACAGGUGUAGACAUUACCGUGAAAUGCUUACUUACAGCCCUUAACCAACAAUGCGUUUAUUUUUUAAUAAAAAAGUUAAAUAAAACAACAACAACAACAAAAAAGUGUUGAGAAAAUAAGAGCAGAAGUAAAAUAAAAUAACAGUAGGGAGGCUAUAUACAAGGGGGUACCGGUGCAGAGUCAAUGUGCGGGGGCACCGGCUAGUUGAGGUAAUAUGUACAUGUGGGUAGCGUUAACCUUAUUGCCUGAUGAUCUUCUGAACUUCCCAAUAUCAUUUUGAUGCAGUUGUCACUGCAAACCAUACUUCCUUCAGAUUUAAGUACUGUCAAAAGUACUGUCAGACUGAUUUGGCUGGUUCAUGUUUUUAAGGACACACCUCAGAUAUUACCAUCCCUCCCUCCCACCUCAGCGCAAACAAGCACAUAAAACAGGUAAAUUACCAAUCUUGGUGCAAGGGUUGGAAAAUAGCAGAGCACCGGCUUUAACAAGUAGAAAUUGCCAACAAGCGUGCAUUUGACAAUUGCCAGCCGAAAAAUAGAGGUAUACCGAGGUAUUUGGAAAUGGCCAUGGGAUAAUUUCAAAACUGUCAAUGCCGUUGAAACUGAAACAUUUAUUUGAUCGCAGUGAACUUGUGCGAUCUUAGGAGAUUAAGCAGGUUGCGUUCUUCAUUUCACCUGUCACAUUAUUUUACAUUAUGAAGCUUACCGGUAGUCCCCAGUCUAGGGCUGUCCCAACUAAAAAAAAAAAAACUUGGUCGACCAAAAGUUGUCUGUUCUUUCGACCAAUCGAUUGGUCGACAUUUUAAAAGUGUAUUUUUCCAUAUAUAGACACACCCUAUGUGUUUUAAUAAAAUCAACUAUACGCAUUGAGCUUGUCUGAUGCUUAAAGCUUACGGUUUUAUGAAAUAAGACAAAUGACUCACGAGGGCGCCAGAUAUCUAGAUAACCAGAGGAAAAAAAACUUUACCUGACCCAACUGUUCUCCUAUUACUCUCCUCAAGUUGACAGAGCGGCAUAGGCUAAGAUGCAAUAGAUGGUAUAGAAUACAGUAUAUACAUAUGAGAUGGGUAAUGCAAGAUAUGUAAACAUUAUUACGAUAGUAUAGAAUACAGUAUAUACAUAUGAGACGAGUAAUGCAAGAUAUAUAAACAUUAUUAAAGUGACUAGUGUUCCAAAAAACUAAUCCAAUACAACACAUUGCUGAGUACCACUCUCCAUAUUUUCAAGCAUAGUGGUAGCUGCAUCAUGUUAUGGGUAUGCUUGUGAUCGUUAAGGACUGGGGAGUUUUUCAGGAUAAAAAAGAAACGUAAUGGAGCUAAGCACAGGCAAAAUCAUAGAUGAAAACCUGGCUCAGUCUGCUUUCCACCAGACACUGGGAGAUGAAUUCACCUUUCAGCAGGACAAUAACCUAAAACACAAGGCCAAAUCUAGACUGGAGUUGCUUACAAAGAAGACAGUGAAUGUUCCUGAGUGGCCAAGUUACAGUUUUGACUUAAAUCUACUUGAAAAUCUAUGGCAAGACCUGAAAAUGGUUGUCUAGCAAUCAUUAACAACCAAUUUGACAGAGCUUGAAGAUUCUUGAAAGUAAUGUGUACAUUUUGCACAAUCCAGGUGAGGAAAGCUCUUAGAGACGUACCCAGAAAUACUCACAGCUGUAAUCGCUGCCAAAGGUGACUCAGGGGUGUAAAUGAGAUCUGUGUAUUUAAUUGUCAAUACAUUUGCAACAUUUUCUAAAAACAUGUUUUCACUUUGCCAUUAUGGGGUAUUGUGUGUCGAUUGAAUUCAGGCUGUAACACAAUAAAAUGUGGAAUAAUUAAGGGGUAUGAAUACUUUCUGAAGGUACUGUAACUAGGAAUAAAGUCACUAGGCAACAGAUAAUAAGCAGUAGCUGCAGCGUAUGCGAUGUGUAAAACAUUUUUUGGCAAAAAGAGUCAAUGCAGAUAGUCCAGGGAGCUAUUUGGUUAACUAUUUAACUAACUACUUAGCAGAUAGGGCUCUACCUAUGUAUUUAACUAUCUGUGCACGUGCCUGCCUAUGUGUAUAAACCUGAAAAAGCCUUCAUAGCAGCUAGUCACUUGCACCCAUUUAUCUUGUAGGUCAAACAGUCAAAUGUGUCAGGGCAGUGAUUGGUUGAUUUUGUAUUGCGUAAUCUCAUGGAGCUCUGUGUCCCUGCUUCCUGCCUAGCUCCAGCUCAUGUGCUGCAGGUGAGCUGCUCAGAUCAGUGUUGGCUAAGUCCAAAUCCCCACGCCCUCCACCUAGGCAAAUCCCACCACUGUUUGCCUUCACGCCUAUCCCAUAAGCCCCAUGAACGCGUUUCUGGCUAGCAGUAGCUGCAGCAGUGCUACAGUGAGUCACUGCUGACCUUACCAUGGGAUCUCCCAGUGUGGUGUUUCUCACACACCUCAGGUCCCUGACUGAUCCUUGUCUUGGCUAAUGAUAUGAUCACUGGUUCCCAGACUUUUCCCCAACAGAGUUGUUUGAUUUGUAUUGUCUUGAACACGGUUCAAGUCUGUAAUGUUUCUGGGAUGUGUUGUGUAGUCCUAGGUAACAGCCUAGGUCCUAGGAGGUAAGAGAGCAGUAUCCCUCUGGCCCCUCCUCCACUUGUGACAUCAGCUCAGCGCAGAGCAAACACUUCACUCCUCUGCUCAGAACAGAAGAGAUGAAGCCUGUUCAGUCUCCUCCAUUGUGCUGUGGGCCACAUGUAAACAUUCACCUCACAGACAAGGACAGGCCCAGUUUGCCUGCAGUUUUUGUCUUCUGUCUGUUUAUUCAGUUCUAUUGAGCCUGUAAUCAUGGCCUGAUUCGUAAGCUCUGGUCUUUGUAAGGAUCUGUGUGACUUGACUGAGGUGAUAGAGGUUAGUUGCAGAUUAAACAUGGACACAUGCAUGCAAGCAAGCAGGCGCACACACACACACAUUCACGCACGCACAACCCUUUUAAUGUUUUGGUCUCUGGUCAAGUGCUUUUACCACACAUUAAGAUUGGCCUGGGAUUUUUGCGAAGGCUUGCAUUAUGCUGCUUCCAUAUUACCUUGAAACCGGCCAAUGGCUUGAUGGGCGAUGCCAUUGUUUUCCACUCUAGUUCUAGCAGAGUUCUGGUGCUCAGAGUGGAGACUUGAUAAGAGGCUGUGUGGUUGAUUUUUAAAUGUGCAUGCACUGAUGUUUUCUUGGAGUAUCAACAGGGUUAUAGUCCUAGAACUGAACAGAAUGUGGCUGUGUUUUAUAAUGGUCACUUUGGGCAGGGGAAGGAGGAUGUUGAAGCUAUACUGCACGGUACAGUAAGGUUCUUCUGAGGCAGUGUUUGGUUAAGCUCAAUGUUUUGACUACUCCGUGUUUGGAUAGUUUUUCAAUUGCAGAUUUAUCCAGCUGGUCGUGCUUGACAUUAAUUGUUAUUGUUGCCCAAAAUACAAAUAUACACCAUUUAUACUGUAGCUACUAGCAAAUACUUUCCCACCACAUACAUUGUACUGUACGCUAUUCAUAAAACACAACUAUCCAGGUGCUUCCUGUGACAGAGGAAUAUGUCUCCUAACCUAUACAACAUUGAUGAGAGGUCUGUAUUUUAAAUGUCAGCCUUCCAACCACUUGUGUUUUUCUGACUAAUUUAUUGAAAAACUCAGCAUGCGUUAAUAAUGAAUGAAGACACUUGACUAAGGCAUGAGGGGAGAGUUGGAGCGACAGACAGAGGCUCCCACUAUUAGGUCAAGUUUAUCUACAUGAAAAUAAAGUUAAUACAAAUAAAACAAAUCCUAAAAUGAAAAGUUACUGGCCGUUGACGAGAUAUACUGGCCCCGGCAGGCCAUCGUUAAUGUCUGACCCUGCACGCGAAAUAAAAUAAAUGAAUAUGCCUGAAAACAAUAGGCUAAGUGAAUUUCGAUUAAUCAUUAUUACAUGAUAUGGGACGUGCAAAUUCAUGCUCUGUCCCUCCGUGUAGAAAUCUGACUGCAACCACAGUGCACUGUGCACACAACACACACACCCAGGUAUCGAGAGGUGGGACCAACAGCAGACUGUCAAACCAGCAGUCUUUCCCUGUCAUCGCUCACUUUGUGACUGACAGGCGCCUGUCUUAUCAAUAGAUCGCUAGAAGAUGCAUAUUGUUCAUUCUAGCGGGAGAUGGCUCUGCAGACUUUUUUCUGACUAGUGAAUUGAAAAGUAGCCUAGUUAAUUCAAAUGGAAAAAGUACCCGGCUGAAAAUGACACUGUAAAUCGGCUGUAUAGCUGACAGCCGGCGCUGGUGGAAAACACUGUUCAAGUGUCUUCAGUGACAAUUUCAACCUCUCCCUGAUCCAGUCUGUAAUACCUACAUGUUUCAAGUUCAACACAAUAGUCCCUGUGCCCGAGAACGCCAAGGUAACCUGUCUAAAUGACUAUGACUAUCGCUCUGUAUUACUCAUCGCAUACGCUGCAGCUACUGUUUAUUAUCUGUUGCCUAGUGACUUUAUUCCUAGUUACAGUGCCUUCAGAAAGUAUUCAUACCCCUUAUUCCACAUUUUAUUGUGUUACAGCCUGAAUUCAAUCUACACACAAUACCCCUUAAUGGAAAGUGAAAACCUGUUUUUAGAAAAUGUUGCAAAUAUAUUGAAAAUUAAAUACACAGAUCUCAUUUACAUAAGUAUUCACACUCCUGAGUCACUUUUGGCAGCGAUUACAGCUGUAAGUCUUUCUGGGUACGUCUCUAAGAGCUUUCCACACCUGGAUUGUGCAAAAUGUACACAUUAUUUUCAAAAAAAAAUGUCCUGAAAAACUCCCCAGUCCUUAACGAUCACAACAUACCCAGAACAUGAUGCAGCCACCACUAUGCUUGAAAAUAUGGAGAGUGGUACUCAGCAACGUGUUUGUAUUGGAUUUGCCCCAAACAUAACACUUUGUAUUCAGGACAAAAAAUCUAUUGCUUUGCCACAGUUUUUGCAGUAUUACUUUAGUGCCUUGUUGCAAACAGGAUGCAUGUUUUGGAAUAUUUGUAUUCUGUACAGGCUUCCUUCUAUUCACUCUGUCAAUUAGGUUAGUAUUGUGGAGUCACUACAAUGUUGUUGAUCCAUCCUCAGUUUUCACCUACCACAGCCAUUAAACUCUGUUUUAAAGUCACCGAUGGCCUCAUGGUGAAAUCCCUGAGCAGAAGGACGCCUGUAUCUUUGUAGUGACUGGGUGUAUUGAUACACCAUCUAAAGUGGAAUUAAUAACUUCACCAUGCUCAAAGGGAUAUUCAAUGUCACUUUUGUUUUUUACCAAUCUACCAAUAGGUGCCCUUCUUUGCGAGGCAUUGGAAAACCUCCCUGGUCUUUGUGGUUGAAUCACUGCUCGACUGAGGGACCUUACAUAUAAUUUGUAUGUGUGGGGUACAGAGAUGAGGUAGUCAUUAAAAAAAUUAUGUUAAACACUAUUGCACACAUGCAACUUAUUAUGUGACUUGAUAAGCACAUGUUUACUCCUGAACUUAUUUUAGGCUUGCCAUAACAAAGGGGUUGAAUACUUAUUGACUCAAUACAUUUCAGCGUUUCAUGUUGUAUUAGUUUGUUAAAAUUUCGAAAAACAUAAUUCCACUUUGACAUUAUGGGGGUAUUGUGUGUAGGCCUGUAAAAAUAAAAUAAAAAACACACAAUUUAAUACAUUUUCAAUUCAGGCUGUAACACAACAAAAUGUGUAAAAAGUCAAGGGGUAUGAAUACUUUCUGAAGGCACUGUAUAUGUACAUACUGUAUCUACCUUAAUUACUUCGUACCCCUGCACAUCGACUCGGUGCUGGUACGCUGUGUAAACGUAUAGCCAAGUUAUUGUUACUCAUUGUGUAUUUAUUAUUACGUGUUAUUACUUAUUUCUCUAUUUUCUCUCUCUCGCUGCAUUGUUGGGAAGGGCCCGUAAGCAUUUCACUGUUAGUCUACACCUGUUGUUUAUGAAACGUGACGAAUAAAAUUUGAUUUGAUCCAGCAUCAAGAAGCAUAGACAGUCCAGCUUCGAGCAGGAAAUGAUUGCUGACUGUCUACUGUCAGAGUGUGGAGACUGAUCACUGAUCAGAGAAGAUCAUGUACGCCCCCAUUCUCAUCGACGGGGCUGUAGUGGAACAGGUUGAGAGCUUCAAGUUCCUUGGUGUCCACAUCACCAACGAACUAUCAUGGUCCAAACACACCAAGACAGUCGUGAAGAGGGCACGACAAAGCCUAUUCCCCCUCAGGAGACUAAAAAGAUUUGGCAUGGGUCCUCAGAUCCUCAAAAAAUUCUACAGCUGCACCAUCGAGAGCAUCCUGACUGGUUGCAUCACCGCCUGGUAUGGCAACUGCUUGGCCUCCGAACGCAAGGCACUACAGAGGGUAGUGCGUACGGCCCAGUACAUCACUGGGGCAAAGCUUCCUGCCAUCCAGGACCUCUAUACCAGGCGGUGUCAGAGGAAGGCCCUCAAAAUUGUCAAAGACUCCAGCCACCCUAGUCAUAGACUGUUCUCUCUGCUACUGCAUGGCAAGCGGUACCGGAGUGCCAAGUCUAGGUCCAAAAUACUUCUCAACAGCUUCUACCCCCAAGCCAUAAGACUCCUGAACAGCUAAUCAUGGCUACCCGGACUAUUUGCACUGCCCCCCCACCCCAUCCUUUUUACGCUGCUGCUACUCUGUUAAGUAUUUAUGCAUAGUCACUUUAACUCUACCCACAUGUACAUAUUACCUCAACUACCUCAACUAGCCGGUGCCCCCGCACAUUGACUCUGCAACGGUACCCCCCUGUAUAUAUAGCCUCCCUACUGUCACUUUAUUUUACUUCUGCUCUUUUUUUUCUCAACACUUUUUUUGUUGUUGUUUUAUUUUUACUUUUUUUGUUUAAAAUAAAUGCACUGUUGGUUAAGGGCUGUAAGUAAGCAUUUCACUGUAAUGUCUGCACCUGUUGUAUUCGGCGCAUGUGACCAAUAAAAUUUGAUUUGAUUUGAUGAUUUGCCCACUAAUGAUUAUAAGCAAGUGUUUUGCUAACUUUGUCUGUCUAUUAAACAUUCUACAUCUCCUCUUUCCAACUGUCCAUUGAUGCUGGAGCAGCUAAUCCGGCUAGAUGCGAGGAGGUGUAGAGCGCUAUCGGCCAUGGCACUUCAGAAAAUAAAUCUUUGAUGUGUGGACUUUAUUUUAUACAAUGCACGCUUUCAUUGCUUGCUAGUAAAUUAAUACAUCUGUCUUUAAAAAAAAGGUUGGAUAUUUCUGACUUUAAUUAAUUAUUCAACAGCAGUUGACAAGGUUGUUCUGGCUCUGAGGCCUAUAGCCUAAUGCACUAAUGUUGUGUCAAAUGGACAAUGCGCCAAUCUUCUCCAACCUGGCAUGGUAUAAUUUGAUACGGAAUCUUUCCUUAAUUUAUAGACUAAUCAACACUGAUCAGGCCCGGUCCUGGCCGAUAUAUGCCAUCCUAGGUGUGAGAAAAAAAUGUUUCCGCCCUCCUAUCCCCGCAAAGUAGAAUACUAGCCUAGGCUACCAGUGUCGGCUCGCAAUGCACUGUUAUGAAUGCCCAUGUGGUAGCCUACCGUUGGUAAAACAGGCAAUUUACCGUUAAUCCCUGUCAUUUCGUUACAUUAAUUUCUAUUAAUGCAUGUAUUAAUUACAGUAAUUUACCGUUCUCAUUCUCGUAGUGGAAACGUUGUUUGCAGAGUUCAUAACCUGCUACACUUGUGAGAAACAAGUUUUGGUUUAUUUAAUACCAUAAUUUACACGCUCCAUGUGAGCAAUGAGCAUGUGUCUGGUUUCUCUGUCCUGUUAAUGUUGACAGAGCACGCGCACGCACCUGAGGAUGCAUAGAAGUAGCUGGCCUGCUUCUCGCAAAUGUCAAAUGUAGUAAAGUGCCCAGCUCGGCUUCUCAGUAAUUCUUUCUUCACCUCACACAGUAAGUCAACGAAAUCUUUUUUUAUUUUUACAUCCAUUCAAAUCAUAAUAGUUCCUCUCAGUAUUUCAACAAUCUUUCCAACACUUCCCCCUCGAUUAAUCAGCGUCGCUGAUAAAUAGGCUAUGGACAUGUUGCUUGUAUUUGUUUCUAUUUUAAUGAUUGUCAAUUUCAUCUUCAUAGCUAUCCCUUUCAGUCUUUCCUUGUCAAUUCAUUAUCUUAUAACCAUGCAGAAUUCUUUGUUUUUCACACAGUAGCUACAAAUAUUUAAAUGUAUAGUUUCAACGGUAUUGAAAAACCAUCCUGUGGCUAUUUCCAAAUACCCCGGUAUACGGUAAAUCCGGUAUAGCGCCCAAGCCUACUGGUGGCUUUGAUUGACGGAUGCUUUUACGGAGGUGUGCGUGUGUGAGUUCGCUGAUUCUCUCCAUGUCCAUUCAGAAAGUUUCCUUGCCUGUCUGGACUCCAUCUCUUUAAUAAGAAUCAAAUACACAUGUCAUGAUUUAAUCUUGUAAAAGGCCUAUUUUCAGUAGCUUAGGCUACAUUAUUUAUCUCUUUAUGAUGUCCUCUCUUUGAAGAACAUAUGCCAAUGCCAUCGAAUGACUGCAGCAGCAGGGCUUGUGAUAUUAUGCGAAUGUUACGGGAAAAGUGGGAGAAAACCCAUCGGACUUAGUUUGAAUGGUUUUGUGCGUCGAAAUAGGAUCUGUAUAAAAAAUAUGCAGAAAAGCCAACAGACAAGGACAAGGUAGGCAUAUAUCUUUAUUUUGACUCCGUUAAUGUUGUGUCAAUACGAAAAUGCAACAGAUCCUCUCCAACCUGGCAUUUUUUUAUUUGUUAAUUUAUUAAUAUUUAGGCCUGUAAGUAAUAACCUGAAUACGAAUGAAAUGGCAUGAUAAUAACAAAGUGUAAUUGUUUGUUUCAAAUAGGUUUUAUUAAGAAGCAUAUCCAUGAAAACAAGUGUACAAACAGAAUUUAACGGUUAUGUCGGUGAUCGUGUACAUUGGCCUGGCCAAUUACGUAACCUCACAUUCCAAGACAGUCACAGCCGUAUUUCAGUUUCCCUGCAUUACAAUCACCGGCCACUAGGAGCGGCACCUAGAUGAGCAUUUUCUUGUUUGCUUUUGUUUAUGCUUAUUUCCGUGCGUGCGUGCCGCUGCACGUGUGUGUGUGUGUUAUGACAGAGGGUUGGUGUUUCCUUCUAAUGGUAGAUGGUAUCAUUCCUUUGUGCAAGGUGGAAGAGCUCUUUCAGGGAGAGACCGCCAUCACUAAGUGGCUCUGUUCUAAUCAAGGUCUCCUCCUUCUCUUCUUAUCUUUUACCUCGUAUUCAUGGGAAGUAGCAAGUGUGGUCCAAGACAAGGCAUGGGGCAUCUAAUUUGUAAGGGGGAGAUGGUGAGUGUCUUCAGGGCAUGGUUGUAAUGUAAUGGCUGUAUUGUUGUUAUUGACUGCCUGUCCUCCUAAGACUGUAAUUAGACCUGUGUCUUCUCACCCCAGAGCCCUGGGCCUGGCUGUUUACCCGGUGUCACUGCUGGGGAUCUAUAGCUUACAGCUGGUGUCAAUAUAACUAGUCCUCUGGGGCUAGCCACAUAGCUGCAGGGCUCAAAACUGUGACCAAAACAUUCACAUUUGCCAGGCUCUGACUUGGCAGCGUGACACCAAUUUUUUAUUGGUUGCUAGGGUGCCAGUGAUUUUUAAAUUUAUUUUUUAAGCUGGUCACAUUAGUUUUUGGUUCACAAUUAGCUUAAAAAAAAUAAUUACCAAGAUUUAUUCAAACAGCAAUGGGUUUGCAAAAAUGGGUAUGCAGACCAGGUAUUCAAAAAGUUCCGAAGUUUUGGUUGAAUCUUUGCGAUGCGCAAUUCAUUCAUCAUGCGCUGUUUCAAUGACCAUUUCUAAAGGCUUUCCCCAAAAACCUUCCCAAUUAAAUGUUGACUGCAAGGUAGGCCUACCUGGCAGAAUGAUCUCAUGAGGAUUUGUAUCAGUCGCGGGGCAUUUGUUUAGCAAACUCUGCCGUCACAUAUAGCCUACAUUGUACAGUACAAAAAGUAUCUUGCUAGUUGAUCAAUUGAAUUAAAGGGCAACUAUACCCUAUAUAUAUAUAUAUAUAUAUAUAUAUAUAUAUAUAUAUUGUGUGUGUAUGUACAGUUGAAGUCAGAAGUUUACAUACACCUUAGCCAAAUACAUUUUUCACAAUUCCUGACAUUUAAUCUUAGUAAAAAUUCCCUGUUUUAGGUCAGUUAGGAUCUUAAGAAUGUGAAAUGUCAGAAUAAUAGUAGAGAUAAUUAUUUAUUUCAGCUUUUAUUUCUUUCAUCACAUUCCCAGUGGGACAGAAGUCUACAUACACUCAAUUAGUAUUUGGUAGCAUUGCUGUUAAAUUGUUUAACUUGGAUCAAACGUUUCAGGUAGCCUUCCACAAGCUUCCCACAAUAAGUUGGGUGAAUUUUGGCCCAUUCCUCCUGACAGAGCUGGUGUAACAGAGUCAGGUUUGUAGGCCUCCUUGCUCGCACACGCUUUUUCAGUUCUGCCCACAAAUAUUCUAUAGGUUUGAGGUCAGGGCUUUGUGAUGGCCACUCCAAUACCUUGACUUUGUUGUCCUUAAGCCAUUUUGCCACAACUUUUGAUGUAUGCUUGGGUUCAUUGUCCAUUUGGAAGACCCAUUUGCGACCAAGCUUUAACUUCCUGACUGAUGUCUUGAGAUGUUGCUUCAAUAUAUCCACAUAAUUUUCCUUCCUCAUGAUGCUGUCUAUUUUGUGAAGUGCACCAGUCCCUCCUGCAGCAAAGCACCCCCACAGCAUGAUGCUGCCACCCCUGUGCUUCACGGUUGGGAUGGUGUUCUUCGGCUUGCAAGUCCCCCCUUUUUCCUCCAAACAUAACGAUGGUCAUUAUGGCCAAACAGUUCUAUUUUUGUUUCAUCAGACCAGAGGACAUUUCUCCAAAAAGUACGAUCUUUGUCCCCAUGUGCAGUUGCAAACUGUAGUCUAGCUUUUUUAUGGCGGUUUUGGAGCCGUGGCUUCUUCCUUGCUGGGCGGCCUUUCAGAUUAUGUUGAUAUAGGACUCGUUUUACUGUGGAUAUAGAUACUUUUGUACCCGUUUCCUCCAGCAUCUUCACAAGGUCCUUUUGCUGUUGUUCUGGGAUUGAUUUGCACUUUUCGCACCAAAGUACUUUCAUCAGUAGGAGACAGAAUGCGUCUCCUUCCUGAGCGGUAUGACGGCUGCGUGGUCCCAUGGUGUUUAUACUUGCGUACUAUUGUUUGUACAGAUGAACGUGGUACCUUCAUGCAUUUGGAAAUUGCGCCCAAGGAUGAACCAGACUUGUGGAGGUCUACACAUUUUUUUCUGAGGUCUUGGUUAAUUUCUUUUGAUUUUCCCAUGAUAUCAAGCAAAGAGGCACUGAGUUUGAAGGUAGGCCUUGAAAUACAUCCACAGGUACACCUCCAAUUGACUCAAAUUAUGUCAAUUAGCCUAUCAAAAGCUUCUAAAGCCAUGACAUCAUUUUCUGGAAUUUUCCAAGCUGUUUAAAGGCACCGUCAACUUAGUGUAUGUAAACAUCUGACCCACUGGAAUUGUGAUACACAGUGAAUUAUAAGUGAAAUAAUCUGUCUGUAAACAAUUGUUUGAAAAAUUACUUGUGUCAUGCACAAAGUAGAUGUCCUAACCGACUUGCCAAAACUAUAGUUUCUUAAAAAUAAAUUUGUGGAGUGGUUGAAAAACGAGUUUUAAUGACUCCACCCUAAGUGUAUGUAAACUUCCGACUUCAACUGUGUGUGUGUGUGUGUAUAUAUGUGUGUAUAUAUAUAUAUAUAUAUAUAUAUAUAUAUAGUGAGGGGAAAAAAGUAUUUGAUCCCCUGCUGAUUUUGUACGUUUACCCACUGACAAAGAAAUGAUCAGUCUAUAAUGUUAAUGGUAGGUUUAUUUGAACAGUGAGAGACAGAAUAACAACAAAUCAAAAUCCAGAAAAACACAUGUCGAAAAUGUUAUACAUUUAUUUGCAAUUUAAUGAGGGGAAUAAGUAUUUGACCCCCUCUCAAUCAGAAAGAUUUCUAGCUCCCAGGUGUCUUUUAUACAGGUAACGAGCUGAGAUUAGGAGCACACUCUUGAAGGGAGUGCUCCUAAUCUCAGCUUGUUAGCUGUAUAAAAGACACCUGUCCACAGAAGCAAUCAAUCAAUCAGUUUCCAAACUCUCCACCAUGGCCAAGACCAAAGAGUUCUCCAAGGAUGUCAGGGACAAGAUUGUAGACCUACACAAGGCUGGAAUGGGCUUCGCCAAGCAGCUUGGUGAGAAGGUGACAACAGGGUGCGAUUUAUUCGCAAAUGGAAGAAACACAAAAGAACUGUCAAUAUCCCUCGGCCUGGGGCUCCAUGCAAGAUCUCACCUCGUGGAGUUGCAAUGAUCAUGAGAACGGUGAGGAAUCAGCCCAGAACUUCACAGGAGGAUCUUGUCAAUGAUCUUAAGGCAGCUGGGACCAUAGUCACCAAGAAAACAAUUGGUAUCACACUACGCCGUGAAGGACUGAAAUCCUGCAGCGCCCGCAAGGUCCCCCUGCUCAAGAAAGCACAUAUACAGGCCCGUCUGAAGUUUGCCAAUGAACAUCUGAAUGAUUCAGAGGACAACUGGGUGAAAGUGUUGUGGUCAGAUGAGACCAAAAUGGAGCUCUUUGGCAUCAACUCAACUCGCUGUGUUUGGAGGAGGAGGAAUGCUGCCUAUGACCCCAAGAACACCACCCCCACCGUCAAACAUGGAGGUGGAAACAUUUAUGCUUUGGAGGUGUUUUUCUGCUAAGGGGACAGGACAACUUCACCGCAUCAAAGGGACGAUGGACGGGGCCAUGUAUUGUCAAAUCUUGGGUGAGAACCUCCUUCCCUCAGCCAGGGCAUUGAAAAUGGGUCGUGGAUGGGUAUUCCAGCAUGACAAUGACCCAAAACACACGGCCAAGGCAACAAAGAAGUGGCUCAAGAAGAAGCACAUUAAGGUCCUGGAGUGGCCUAGCCAGUCUCCAGACCUUAAUCCCAUAGAAAAUCUGUGGAGGGAGCUGAAGGUUCGGGUUGCCAAACGUCAGCCUCGAAACCUUAAUGACUUGGAGAAGAUCUGCAAAGAGGAGUGGGACAAAAUCCCUCCUGAGAUGUGUGCAAACCUGGUGGCCAACUACAAGAAACGUCUGACCUCUGUGAUUGCCAACAAGGGUUUUGCCACCAAGUACUAAGUCAUGUUUUGCAGAGGGGUCAAAUACUUAUUUCCCUCAUUAAAAUGCAAAUCAAUUUAUAACAUUUUUGACAUGCGUUUUUCUGGAUUUUUUUGUUGUUAUUCUGUCUCUCACUGUUCAAGUAAACCUACCAUUAAAAUUAUAGACUGAUCAUGUCUUUGUCUGUGGGCAAACGUACAAAAUCAGCAGGGGAUCAAAUACUUUUUUCCCUCACUGUAUAUAUAAAUAUAUUUUUUUAUAUUAUUGUUCCCAGACCUCAAGUGGUCUCCUGAUUGUGGUUUAAGCAUUUUUGUGGACUUUCAAUUGGUUUAGUUUUUCUAUUUAAAAAAGUGUGAUUUUUGAGAGUGAACCUGAUAAACCUAGGACAACUCGGUAACCUGGAAAAAUAAAACCUGGAAAAAGGAAUUUACCAAAAGAUAAAACUGAUUUCAUAGGGCCUGUAGAGUGACUGUAAAAAAUCGCUAACAAUUAACAACCUUUUUGAGAUGCGGUUGUAUUUCUUCCCUCCAAACAAUCAAUGUAAAUAUGAUAUUGUCAAGUUAAAAUGUAAUUAUUUGUGUAUGGAGGGUAGGUCAUUAGAGGCUUUAGGCUACUUGCUCAGCCCGCUAAUUAAAGAUGCCUUUUAAAUGAUGUGCGCAUCAUCCACUUUCCUGGGCCAGUAUUCUUUUCAUUCGGGACAGUAGCUUUCAGUUAGCACUGGCAAAUUGACCUGAAUGUCAAGCCCUGCUAAUUUAAAUGCUGGCUAGUCUUUAUUAGCCUGGUUCUAUAUCUAAUGAAUCCUCUGGGGCUAACAGGUGUUAUUCCAUAGUGUUAAUGCAUUGUUUCCUUCUCUGUAGAAUGUGGUCCUUGCAUGCAUCACAUUGUUGCCCUAUACAGUCUCAUUGUGUACCCGUUCUAUUGAUUGAUCUGAUGUUUUGUUGAGCUUGUGUCCAUGGCAAAAUUAAUGUUUAUUUUUGUCACCUUGGAAACCUGUGAAAACAGGUGGAGAGGCAUUGGGAUGUGAAGUGACCAGUCUAAAACUGACCAGCUGGUGACGUAUAUUUCCCCAGGUCGAUAGACCCAUUGCCUUGUAUAAAGGUGGGUGUACGCGUAUGCAGGCGAAUGCGUGUCUGGCGGAGAUCACAGCUCUUCUUGGAAAACAGGUGUUGUGUAUAAUUGUCUACUGGUUUGUUGGACGACAUUCAAAUCCACAGUUUGGGCUCUUUGGUGCUGGCGUGUUUGUGUGUAGCUGUGUUACACUGGUAGUGGUGCCGUAUCUGAUAGUUUAGAUGACUGUUUCUAAUCCUGGCCCCUCCCCUUCCCUCUGCCCCAGGCUGUGGGUCAGGCAGAAUCAGCAGCACUAUGGGAGGGCGGGGGUGGGUGGUGGCGCAGGGGGCUGGUGGCUAGUGGCUGGCAGAGUGCGUCAGCAGGCACGUGUCUGCCCGCUCUUGCCACUGGCGCAGGAAAUGAAAAGUGGUGGUUAUGUCACACGGGCUCUCUAAUCCCCCCCGGGCUGGCGCCGCUGCAAAACGCUGCUGGCUCCUUUUUGGGAGAAACCAACCAACAACGUUAUGUUAUGCUGUCGUUGAGGGUGAGCACUGGAAGCUGUCUCCUACUGUACACUACAGCACAUGGCCACUAGGAUGGGCUCAUCCAUAUCUACCCUCCUUCUUUCAUCCCUCUCUCCAUGGAGGGAAAGAGGGAGUUACCACUGCAACAUCAGGCUGAAGGGCCAACCGGCGUCACAUGGUUACAUAUCCUCUUACCACUAAAGUGGAAUAGUUUCAUAUUGUAGCCUUCAUAUGUUUCAGUAACAAUCAAGAUGGAGAUCAUCUUCUGUACCUAUUAUUUCGAUUUUUAUACACAACAUAGUAUACUGUACUAUACACUGAGUGUACAAAACAUUAGGAACACCUUCCUAAUAUUGAGUGGACUACAAGGUGUCAAGUGUUGCAUAGGGAUGCUGGCCCUUGUUGACUCCAAUACUUCCCACAGUUGUGUCAAGUUGGCUGGAUGUCCUUUGUGUGGUGGACCAUUCUUGAUACACACAGGAAACUGUUGAGCGUGAAAAAUCCAGCAACGUUGCAAUUCUUGACACACUCAAACCGGUGCACUGGGAACCUACUACCAUACCCCGUUCAAAUGCACUUUAAAAUGUUGUGUUGCCCAUUCACCCUCUGAAUGGCACACAUACACAAUCCAUGUCUCAAUUGUCUCAAGGCUUAAAAUCCUUCUUUAACCUAUCUCCUCCCCUUCAUCUACACUGAGGUGGAUUUAACAGGUUCCUAAUGUUUUCUACACUCGGUGUAUAAUAUCCUACAAUAAAUAUGAAAUAGUUUGCCAAUCAUUGUUUUAUUAAAUGGAACUACCUGCUUCACAGUGCUACCUUUUUCAAUAUGUUUAUGAAUCAAUGGUAUUUUAACCUUGGUCUUUAACUUGAUGGUAUGAGUGAUGACAGUGACAUUUUCUGCUGUAGAAGCAGGUCACAAGUACCGACUAUCUCUGCAUCACGUAGGCCUUAUGUACUGGCCUGUCUCAGUAUCAGAGGUGAAGUGGUGAUCAUGCCCAGAGCUAUGUUAGGGAGGCUGCUCUGCAGUGAGGGAAUCAGAUCUGCCUGGGGAAAGAAUGGCUAGGCUAUAUCUGCUGCCUUCCUGGUGGUGUGGGACUCUCAUCUGUAGUGAGAUUAGCAGGGUCAGUGCAUUGGGCUGGGUGCAGGGGGGAAGGGGAAACAGACUUGCUUGGACUCUCACUAACAUCGCCAACCGUCACAGUCGCACAAAGCCGAAGUGAAGCUGCUGGCCAAUCUAGCUUUACUGCUGCUGUACAGGCCCUAAAUCUGAUCUCUGGUCAAUCAUGUUACUAUCCAUGUUGCAUCCCAUCUUGGCCACGUCUGUCACCAUGGUUUUUCUGACCUGCAUACAGAAGUGCUACGAUUCUUGUCUGGCAAAUCAUUUGAUGUCCUGCAGAUUACUGCCAAUGUCAUAUAAAGACAAAGUAAUAUGGAGACUUUGUCUCCUACAUGUACACAGUAAUCUACUCUUUCUCUUUUGUCCCCUCCCACAAUUACUGAGGUACUUUCAACAUGACAAUCUAUCCUAAUUAUGUGGUGGGGAUAAGUACUGUUUAUCAGUAUUGUACCAGUAUUAUAUACUGAACAAAAAUAUAAACGCAACAUGCAGUUAUAAGGAAAUCAGUCCCAAUUGACAUUAAGUCAUUCGGCCCUAAUCUAUGGAUUUCACAUGACUAGGAAUACAGAUAUGCAUUUGUUGGUCACACAUACCUUUAAAAAAAGGUAGGGGCGUGGAUCAGAAAACCAUUCAGUAUCUGGUGACCACCAUUUUCCUCAUGCAGCACAAGACAUCUCCUUCGCAUAGAGUUGAUCAGGCUGUUGAUUGUGGCCUGUGAAAUGUUCUCCCACUCCUUUUCAAUGGCUGUGCGAAGUUGCUGGAUAUUGGCGGGAACUGGAACACGCUGUCGUACAUGUCGAUCCAGAGCAUCCCAAACAUGCUCAAUGGGUGACAUGUCUGGUGAGUAUGCAGACCAUGGAAGAACUGGGACAUUUUAAGCUUCCAGGAAUUGUGUACAGAUCCUUUCGACAUGGGGCCGUGCAUUAUCAUACUGAAACAUGAGGUGAUAGCGGCGGAUAAAUGGCACGACAAUGGGCCUCAGGAUCUCGUCAUGGUAUCUCUGUGCAUUCAAAUUGCCAUCGAUAAAAUGCAGUUGUGUUCAUUGUCUGUAGCUUAUGCCUGUCCACACAAUAACCCCACCACCACCAUGGGGCUCUCAGCAAACCGCUUGCCCACACAACGCCAUACACAUGGUCUGCGGUUGUGAGGCCGGUUGGACAUACUGCCAAAUGCUCUAAAACGACAUUGGAGGCAGCUUAUGGUAGAGAAAUGAACAUUCAAUUCUCUGGCAACAGCUCUGGUGGACAUUCCUACAAUCAGCAUGCCAAUUGUACACUCCCUCGACUUGUGUUGCGUGCCAUUUUAGAGUGGCCUUUUAUUGUCCCCAGCACAAGGUGCACCUGUGUAAUGAUCAUGCUGUUUAAUCAGCUUCUUGGUAUGCCACACCUGUCAGGUGGAUGGAUUAUCUUGGCAAAGGAGAAAUGCUCACUAACAAGGAUGUAAACAAAUUUGUGCACAACAUUUAAGAUUAAAUAAGAUUUAUGUCCAUAUGGAAGAUUUUGGGGGUUAUUUAUUUCAGCUCAUGAAACAUGGGAUCAACACUUUACAUGUUGCGUUUAUAUUUUUCGUCAGUGUAUAUGAGUCCCCACCAUUACCUCAUGUCAUUAUGUGCAGGCUUUUGACCUCCUUUCUCUUUUCUUUGUAUUACAGAUAAGUUCAAUUCAUAUGUGACGCUGAAGGUACAGAAUGUCAAGAGCACCACCAUCACCGUGCGAGGGGACCAGCCAUGCUGGGAGCAGGACUUCAUGUUGUAAGUGACCAGUGACCACACACUUCUUAGACGUCUAUUCCUGUCCUAUGCACUCACACUCUGUCAUAGGCCACAACACACCUGCUGUUUCUGUGGAGUAUAGAAUAGUCUAUCUGAAUGCUCUGUAAGUGUCAAAUGUCACUGUUUUCAUUCAACAUAGAAUCAUGUAAUAUCAGGUUUGUUUUGGUCGAUGAGGAUCAGAGAGUGAAGAUAAAGGGAGAGUCUAUGGCUCUGAGCUCAACAGACUUUAUUGUGACAGUAUGUCCUCCAUGCUCCGUCACUAACACCUUUAUUUGAUUAAGGCUGACAUGCUGAUUUGGCUUUUGUAAUUAUGCAGCAGACGCAAUCACCCGAGUGCUCUUCCCUACAGACAGGUGAGAUCAGGGAAGCUAGCCUGCCGCUGGUGGUAAUGCUCUGUAGCUACACUUCAGGUUCAUGAUUUUCACAUAGUAAUACGUGGCAGUAGGUCAGAGUCAGGGAUUUCCAGUUUUGUCCCCAUUGUUGCCUGCCAGGUGGGUGGUUGUUUCGGGAAAGGUAGCUAAACUGUUCUCACAGCUGUUCACUUCCUUUAGUGUUCUGUCUGUGUGUGUGUGUGUGUGUGCGCCUGUAUAUGCUCAUUGUUCUGAUAUUUAUUUUUCCACAACUGUCACAAGGAUGUUGCGGAGUAUAAAUGCUCUACCUUGGUACUGUUCAUGAACACAAUACGAUAGCUUAGCACAUCACUCAGCAGUGUUGCCAUUAAACAAUCAGCUCCCUUGACAAGAGCACCACCUGUUACUCCUGUAUGUAAAUCAUUUUGAGCAAAUUCGAUAAUUUAGCACAAACUACACUGCUCAAAUUUUUUUGGGGAACUAAUAAACAACACAAUGUAACUCCAAGUCAAUCACACUUCUGUGAAAUCAAACUGUCCACUUAGGAAGCAACACUGAUUGACAAUAAAUGUCACAUGCUGUUGUGCAAAUGGAAUAGACAACAGGUGGAAAUUAUAGGCAAUUAGCAAGACACCCCCAAUAAAGGACUGGUUAUGCAGGUGGUGACCACAGACCACUUCUCAGUUCCUAUGCUUCCUGGCUGAUGUUUUGGUCACUUUUGAAUGCUGGCGGUGCUUUCACUCUAGUGGUAGCAUGAGACGGAGUCUAUAACCCACACAAGUGGCUCAGGUAGUGCAGCUCAUCCAGGAUGGCACAUCAAUGCGAGCUGUGGCAAGAAGGUUUGCUGCGUCUGUCAGCGUAGUGUCCAGAGCAUGGAAGCGCUACCAGGAGACAGGCCAGUACAUCAGGAGACGUGGAGGAGGCCGUAAGAGGGCAACAAUCCAGCAGCAGGACUGCUACCUCCGCCUUUGUGCAAGGAGGAACAGGAGGAGCACUGCCAGAGCCCUGCAAAAUGACCUCCAGCAGGCCACAAAUGUGCAUGUGUCUGCUCAAACGGUCAGAAACAGACUCCAUGAGGGUGGUAUGAGGGCCCGAGUCCACAGGUGGGGGUUGUGCUUACAGCUCAACACCGUGCAGGACGUUUGGCAUUUGCCAGAGAACACCAAGAUUGGCAAAUUCGCCACUGGCGCCCUGUGCUCUUCACAGAUGAAAGCAGGUUCACACUGAGCACAUGUGACAGAGUCUGGAGACGCCGUGGAGAACGUUCUGCUGCCUGCAACAUCCUCCAGCAUGACCGGUUUGGCGGUGGGUCAGUCAUGGUGUGGGGUGGCAUUUCUUUGGGGGACGCACAGCCCUCCAUGUGCUCGCCAGAGGUAGCCUGACUGCCAUUAGGUACCGAGAUGAGAUCCUCAGACCCCUUGUGAGACCAUAUACUGGUGCGGUUGGCCCUGGGUUCCUCCUAAUGCAAGACAAUGCUAGACUUCAUGUGGCUGGAGUGUGUCAGCAGUUCCUGCAAGAGGAAGGCAUUGAUGCUAUGGACUGGCCCGCCCGUUCCCCAGACCUGAAUCCAAUUGAGCACAUCUGGGACAUCAUGUCUUGCUCCAUCCACCAACGCCACGUUGCACCACAGACUGUCCAGGAGUUGGCGGAUGCUUUAGUCCAGGUCUGGGAGGAGAUCCCACAGGAGACCAUCCGCCACCUCAUCAGGAGCAUGCCCAGGCGUUGUAGGGAGGUCAUACAGGCACGUGGAGGCCACACACACUACUGAGCCUCAUUUUGACUUGUUUUAAGGACAUUACAUCAAAGUUGGAUCAGCCUGUAGUGUGGUUUUCCACUUUAAUUUUGAGGGUGACUCCAAAUCCAGACCUCCAUGGGUUGAUACAUUUGAUUUCCAUUGAUAAUUUUUGUGUGAUUUUGUUGUCAGCACAUUCAACUAUGUAAAGAAAAAAGUAUUUAAUAAGAUUAUUUCAUUCAUUCAGAUCUAGGAUGUGUUAUUUUAGUGUUCACUUAAUUUUUUUGAGCAGUGUACAAGUCCUAUGCAAAUGAACAGGACAGUAUAUGGUCCAGCUGAGGUGAGCAAUUGAAGGACAUGGCAUUGACAUCUAGUGUGUAGGAAAAUACAGAAGUUUACUGUUAUCUGGAAACUGGCUCUGCUCGAUUUCUUUCUUCUCCAGUGACGUGUUUUCUUGCCAGAAAGCUGUAGCCUAUUGGUUAUGUGGUUCAACCUUUAUGUAACAGAUUCCCUAAUUGAUAUCGAUCACAUUCUAUAUAAUUGACUCUGAGUACUUUAGUGGAUGGAUGCACCUUGGUCUUCUUAGUGACAUAGCAGAUUGCCAAAAGGUCUUAUGGUUUGUCAGGCCAGGCUUCUGUUUCUAUGUUAGCCAGAGGGCCUUGGAGACUAGAGUCCAGAUCAGACCACACUUUCCUUGUGAGAUAAUGGCCAUCCCCACCUAGACACAGGCUCAGGCCACCAGAGUUGACAGGAAACAGGCGUGUUGUGACAGCUGUGGAUCGAUAUGUACAUCAUACAUCCCACACUUGCCUUAUCUCUAGGCUUUUUCCAUAGUACCUCUGCUAUGGUGCUCAGAGUCAUUAUAUACUUUAUAUUGUUCUUAAUGUUCUUUAGGUGUACAAAGACAACACUGUAUGAUAGAGCUUAGCCUAUGUGAUAUUUAAGAGCCUACAUGGAAUUGUCUCAUUUGAACUGGUGGCUUAUGUUUACACUGACUGUGAUGGUGUCGUCUUUGACGAUUCAGGUAAUGGAAGGAUCUCUCACUGUUUCCGUGACGGGGUGCUCCAGGAAGUGACAUAGAGGAGAGCCUUAAUGUUUCUGUGCUUGAAUGAGGCCUCCAAAGAACCAUCUGUCUCUAUGGCAACCCAUCAAUUAAUCAUUACUCCAUCCUAUCCCUGCUUUUUGAGUGUUUAGAGAAAGUAAUGGGGAAAAAUUAUAAGUGCAGUAGAAUGGUGUGUUCUGUUUAGUGCUUAUUUUCCAGCAUUGUUUUCCAAAGCCUGUUGGGGGGGGGCUGUGGUUCAUUCCCAUCUCACUCCACAGACAAUGGGAAGCUCAAAUGAAACAUGAAUGGAUUUCUGAAUGCUGCUUUCACAGAAGAGUGGGUCCCUGCCGUGGGCUAGUUUUGUUUCUAUGCUGCAGAAAGAGAGAGCAAGAGAGCUCAGUGAAGUCAGUGUGUGAUUGAUGAUCAAAAAUAUUUUGAAAUGUUCAAAAUUGUCUACUCAUUGUUUGUAUUUGUUUUAUAAACGUAUAUUGGUAUGACCAAUUACCGUAAGCAGCUUAUACAAGUACCUGUUUUUGGUUAAUCAUGUUUGCAUUCACUGUGGCCACUUAAGAGCCUAAGAGAUUGACAGUGGUUGGUCUUCUCAUUAGGGUAAUAGUUUUGUCGUUAUUUGGUGCAUCUCUUUAAGUGUGAGUGGUUUAGAAUAUCUUUGUGUUUGCACCUGGGCUCACUCUUACUACCACCGUUACUCAGGGCAAUGCACUUUUUAUAAUUAUCUUCUACAUUUACAUUUACAUUUUAGUCAUUUAGCAGACGCUCUUAUCCAGAGCGACUUACAGUUAGUGAGUGCAUACAUUUUCAUACUGGCCCCCCGUGUGAAACGAACCCACAACCAUGGCGUUGCAAGCGCCAUGCUCUACCAACUGAGCUACACAGGGCCAGUCUUCUCUCAUCUUCCUAUUGUUUUUGCCGCAUUAAGUUGUCAACCACGGUAGAUGCCAGUAUGCAAAUGAGAUGGAGACAUCAUGAGCAAUGGUCGCUUUGAAAUGAGAUGCCUUUUUAUUGUUAGCAAGCUUUGCAUCCAUUUGAAUGGCAAAUAAAGGAUGGAAUGCAUCACAACGUCUGACAUGAUGCGUAAACAAAGACCAAAAGUAGUCAGUGAGCAGCAGGCCAGACAGAUGUACUUAUCAUGGUUUCUGUUGUCAUAGUUACUUCUGUUUCCAUUUGAAUGGAUGUGACUCACUACAUAAUGAAUGCAACCAUCCUUUUUAUAUUUACAGUUUAGUCCUAUAAAAUGUUACCUAUGGGCUCAAUCACUUUGUCUCUGUCUUAAUACCGAUUUCUGUCUAUCAAACUUUAUUGAAUGAGAGUUGAUUAUGACCCCAUCUACUUCAUUCCCUCCCUCUCUGUCUCUCCAGUGAGAUCAACCGUCUGGACCUGGGGCUCAUCGUGGAGGUGUGGAACAAAGGCCUUAUCUGGGACACCAUGCUGGGGACUGCCUGGAUCCCCCUCAAGAGCAUCCGCCAGUCAGAAGAGGUGAGGAACACAGAGAAUGCACAUAUACAUCCAAACGUACACACUCUCAACAGGACUAGCUAAAACAAUUACAUCAGACAUCCAGUUCAAAUGUUAAACAAACCAUGUACACAGAUAUGUCUGGGCACUGGUUCACCACCUGGUUGGUUUAAUCUGGUCUGUCUGUCUAUGACAUGACCUCUGACCUUGUCUUCCUCUUCCUUCAGGAGGGCUCAGGGGAGUGGACCUUCCUGGAUGCUGAGGUUCUGAUGAAGGCUGAUGAGAUUUACGGCACCAAGAACCCAACGCCCUACCGGGUUCUGCUGGACACGCGCUUUGAGCUGCCCUUCGGUAAAAUGUCAUAUAGAUCACAAUUUUUCUGUUGGGCACAUAGCUAUCAUAGGAUAUCUCUUUUAUAUAAUAGGCUCUCUUUAAAAUGUAUUUGUUGCUUCUAUACAGUACAUCAUGGUCAAAUUGCUUCUACAGUACAGUGGCUAUAGGUAUGAUGCUGAAAUGUUAUAGGUCUGUUUUUGUUGUUGCAUUGGAAGAUGUGACAGACAUAAGGCACCGUACAGUAAUGAUUAUACAGUAGUAGCUUUUCCAAUGACCUGUGCUUUAACGUACGUCACCACACAUGGUAUCGAUUGGCUGAAAUGCCAGCAGGUUGAGUAGUGAGCCUCUUGAAUGCAGCCGCUCUCGUCUCUCUACACUGAGAGGGAACAGUUAUGUAAUUUGCACGUCACUUUCUACAUCGCUGUCCUUUAACGUUGCCAGUAUUGGUGUCGGCGUGCCUAAAACACUUAAGAUCGGUAGCUUCAAAGUUAGAACUGUGUCUGUGGGAGGAGCUAGAGCAGCUUUCAGGUGUUUAAGGGCAGGCCUUUGAAGGUAGCGGUAGGGGAGGUGAGGCUGUGUGUUUGUCUGGGUUCUUUGUACAACUGAUCCCAUUCAUUCACCAGGAAAGGGGUUUGGUUUCAUCUGCCUUUUGAAGCCCUGGCCUUUUGUGUUCAGCUCUCUUUAAUGUCCAGUGUCUCUGUAAAGGGUCAUGGGCCAUCCGGGCACAGGGAGAGAGUGGGGGCUGUGCUCUAAUAGACCAGUGGUUUGGUAGUAGGCAUUAAUGUAUACUUUAUCAUCUCUGUACAUUAUUGUCAGUUGUUGGGCUGGUUAUGUCAUCAAGUAAAGGCUUGUGCCGUUUUGCAAUCUCUAGAAGUCCUGUACUCAGUGCUUCUUAUGUCUCUGUGAAGUUCUGUCACAGUCAGGACUAAGGUAAUUUCCUUCUGGGAAUUCAUUUGCGUCUCAGUCAUUACAAACUUAACUACAGUGGAGCUGUAGUACUGGUCUCUGGUCCCCAACAGUGCAGUUUGAGGGCCUAGCCAACUAUUUGUAAUGUCUUAUUCCUAAGUGGCUCAUUACAUAUUUAAAGGGCCAUGAAUAUGUAAUGGCAGCAUGGUGCAUGUGGGAGCAUGGAUGGUUUAGGAUGGAAUGGUGUAGGUUUGGAUGCAGCUCACCAGUCACCCCUCUCUGCCAGACAUCCCAGAUGAUGAGGCGCAGUACUGGACCGGCAAGCUGGAUCGCAUCAACACUAUGAGGAUCCAUGAUGAGGUAAGGCCUGCCCAACAUGCUAGGGCGCUAUUUCACCACGAACAUGUAUGUCAAAGAUGUAGAAACAACAUCUACGUAUUUAUAUUUCAAGCAGUUACACCGGUAGUAUAUUUAAGAAAAUACUGUCUCUAUGUUUGCAUAUUGUAAAAUACCAAGUACAUUGCGGUCGAAUGUUCUGUCACAUUAUCCCGGGAUUACACUGAGCUCUUUUGCAUUCACUAGCACACAGUAAAAUACAUGGAAAUAGAAGAUGGGACUAACUCUGGUCAUAUGACUCUUUCCUCACCACGCUUUUGCCCAUCACAGAAAUCACUGGUUAGGUACAGUAUUGACAUGUGUGUUUAUCACGGUUUGCUGUGCUCUGAAGUGAGAACAUAGAUUGUAGAUAGUAGGCCUAACUAACUUUUGCAUGCAGUGGCAUUGAAGUCAUGGUGGUGAUACAAAUAUUAUACAAAUGCAGGAGUUUGAGAAUGAUGAUGAUGCUUUGUUGUUGUGGAUGAUUAAGGUCAGAGGUCACAGUUCCUGUUCUCUCUUUUUCUCUCUCCAGUACCCUCUGCAGGAUGAGGUCCAAAGACGCCCCAUGCCGCUUGCUGCCUCCCAAUGCUGUGAGUGGGACUGACUUCCACACCAUAAUAUCCCACUAGAUGGAGCUCUCUCAUCAGCCCCGUCUCUCUCUGGCUUACCAUUAGUUUGGGCUUUUCAAGUUAUUGAAGUUAUUUAUUUGCUUGUCCUAUUCCUGAGUUAUGUGUGAAUCUCCUAACCCAGACUUAACAUCAAGUAAGCCUUUUAUCCAAAUUUAAUUUUCCAAAACAGUCACUACUCAUGCAAAGUUAUGAAGAAUGUCAACACACAGGGAUGCCACUUUCAUGCAUGUUAUGGUCAUAAUUUCCCCUCCUAAGUCAGGCACAGUUUUUGCAUACUCUCCACUACCUCUCACUUUACUUCUCUGCCAACACCCUCACCAGGCAACUAUUUCGGAUGGGCUGACACACUGAGUAUGUAAAACAGUCUUUUUGUGAUAAAUUCUAUCCCUUCUCAAAGCUUCACCUUGGCCUAUCCUCAAUGCAUUGUGCAUGUUAUCCAGCACCAACAACAAUCGCUACAGUGCCCCCCAUCCCCUCCCCCCCACACACUCUCCUCUCUACACCUCAUGUCAGAGUUUCAUCAUCAAUAUUUGAGUUUCAUCACCUUUAUCAAUUUCCCCACGGGACAUGGAAACACACAUUGUUAUUAUUUCUACCUCCAUGUAAACAUAACUGGCCAAUAGCAGUUAAGUCUAGAUCUAUUUUUGUAGUCAGCGGGUGACCUUGAUAAAUCAUAGUGGCAGUUGAUGACUUCCUGAACAGAUGUCAAUGAGAUGCGACAGCAUCGUCACACAGACAGGGGGCAGUGUUUGCCAGCCUGUUUUGAGAUACUAAAACAUCAGUGUGUGUCCUGAGCUAUCGAUCUCACUUAUCAGUCUGGAGUGAUAAAGCCCAGCUCAACUGUCCCCUUAAGCAGGCCACUCAGCUCAGGGUCAGCACUCUGCAAUCCAAAGGACCUGUCUGAGUGCCAAAGUUGAGUCUGGGUCACUGAGGAGAGAGAAUUCCCCUAUGUCAACAAUGCAUUUGAGUUCCUUAACUGAUUAUUUUAGAAUGUCCCUUUUUGACUGGAGUGUCCCUUUUUGACUAUUUAAUGACCUAUACGUUCAGUCGCAUCACAUUCCCCUUCCCACUGUGGUUUACUUCCUGGUUGGCUUGCAUUCAAAGGUGCAUGACCCUUGCCCUCCUUACCUCCCUCUUACCUGACCAGUCCUGACCCCAGUGUAUAUCACCACUUGUUCUUAUUGUGUAAUUCAGAUAUGUAUGUGUGAAAUUGUGAGCAUUGGUAGGAUAUAAUGGAGAUUCUGUGGUCAUUUUAGCAGUUGUUAUAAUGCCGAGGUCUCUAGAAGUUAUCUUGUGGAGCUUGUCCUGUUGCCCCCCCCCCACAGCCCUGGAUGACCAUGACAGUGCGGUGGACGACCGGGACAGUGACUACCGCAGUGAGACCAGCAACAGCUUGCCCCCGCGCUACCACACCACGACCCAGCCCAACUCCUCCAUGCACCAGUACCCCAUGGGCUCCCGGCUCCAGAACCAUCUGGACUCCUGCACCGACUCCAUGCACAGCUUUGACAUGGACUACAGAGACCACCGUGGUAGCAGGUAG